CAGUAGCCCUGUAGGACUAGGGAGCUCCGGGCAAGGACUCAACCCCUUUGGCUGCCCUGUUGCUUUUGAGGCCAUGUGGACAGGGAGCUGAGCUCUGCUCCGUGCAUGCUGGCCCCAGGGCAGGAGGGCUGGAUGAAGGAGGGUGGUGUGGCUGAGGUUGCAUCCAGUACAGGCCUUGACCCUUUCCUUGGCCAAGGGCCUCAGCCCCUUGCUCACCCCCCUACCUCUGUGGAGCAAAAGGAAGUGGCAGCUGUAGCUGUGAGCUGCGCUCCCCAGGCCCAGCGGAAGCAGUGGGGCAGGAAGCUGCCUUGGCGCCUUUUUUAGCUGCCCGCAGGCGCUUGCUGCAGCGGCCCCGUUCCGGCUCCCUGCUUAGGGGACGAGCCCCUUCUGACUGUGUCCCCUGUGCCAUCCCUGCACCAGCCUGCUGUUCCCCACAUCCCCUACGCUGCUCACCACAGGGCCAGGCAGGGAGGAAGGGGCAGUGGCCCCCGCUGCGCACUUUGGCCCCUGGGGAGCACCCCAGGAUGGACGUGGGAGCAGCUGCUGGGGGGAACUGAAGGCAUCAGUGGAGCCAGAAACCCGCUGGACUCAUAAAGCCUCCACGUGACCCAGUGGCCUAACCCACCGCAGCAGGGAUGCAGUCACCUGCACACCCACGAGCCCGGAGCUGUGAGAUCCCGUGGGGGCCAGACCCCACCCGGCGCUUCUCUGUGAGGCCUCUGCAGGCACCCACAACCCCCCGGCACCGCGGCCUGCAGGAGCUGGUCCAGCUCUUCGAGCAGGGCACAGCCACAGAGGGCAGGCUCCAGGCUCCCCACAGCAGAGCCCAGACCAGACUGCAGAACAGGGGUCGUUCCCCCGGCCUGGGUGGCAGCCGGGCAGAACCUCCCGGGAGAACACAGCCUCCCCUGAGCCAGGUGCCCACAGGGCAGGGGGGGCCUGGUGCCUGGCCCAGCUGCUCCGUCAGGGAGCAGGUUCAGGCCUUUGAGCUGCGUUUUGGGUCCCCACAGGCCCCCUGCACUGCUGCAGCCCCUGACAGCAGAGGCGGGCAUGGGGAAGGCCCAGGGCCAGCCAGAGCCCACCAGAGUUGGAGCGGGAAGCAGGAGCCCCGGCCCCCAUGGAGAGGGGGGCAGCUCCCAGGACCGUCAGCCCCCAGGCAGCCACAGCUGGGCAGCUUGGGGGCUAGCAGAGCCCUGGGCCUGACGGCAGCCAGGGCAGGAGCCCACCCAGGGGGGAGGGGCCAAUCAGCUCCCUGGGGGCUGCCCCAGGCCCCCUCCGCUCCCCUCACUCUGCAGCUGGGGCAGGCGGGCGGCCCCCAGGCAGCUCUGGAGCUCAGCGCUGAUAGAGAAGUAGGGGCCUCCAGGGAGGGGAGACUGCGAGGCCUAGCUGCCUGGGUACCCCACUGCUCCCUGGCACCCUCAAGCCCAGUGGCCCUACAUCCCUGGGAGCCCCCCUGGAGUGGCUUGGCCCAGCCGGGCCCCUUCACAUCCUCCCCAAUCCCCACCCGGCCACCCCCAAAUGCCACCACCCCCAGGCACCAGGCCCUGGGGCCGCUUGCUGCUGCACACCAUGGCCUGGGGGAGUCCGACGGGGAAGACUCCGACUCGACAGUGCCAGAUGGGCAAGGCCAACCUGACCAGAGGAGCUUCACCCUCAGCCUGGCCGAGCUGUGGGACUGGGGCUUGGACGGGAAGGAGGCUCCACAGGACAAGGGCGCCAGAGCCAAGACCUGCUCAGCGCCGCUGAACUCCAGCAUGUCCAGUGCGUCGCUGAUCCCAGCCGCUGACCUGGAGCUGAUGCUGGAGGAGGCAAAGGGGCUGGGGGAGGAGACGCUGCAGUACCUCGAGGACAUCCACGUGGUCGUGCUGCACAAGGAGGAGGGCGCUGGGCUUGGCUUCAGCCUUGCAGGGGGCACCGACCAGCACCGGCGGGUGACGAUCCACCGUGUCUUCACUGGCGGCUUGGCCGCGCGGGACGGCUCCCUGCACCUGGGUGACGAGGUGCUCUCCAUCAACGGGCACCCGCUGGGGGGCUGCAGCCACGCACAGGCACUGCGGGUGCUGCAUGGGGCCCGAGCCGCCCGCCAGGCUGUCGUGGUGCUGCGCAGGGGCAGCAAGGACGUGGCCCCCAACGGGACCCCUCCGUCUACACCAGAGGAGCCAGUCACGGUGCUGUCGGUGCAGCUGAUGAAGGACUCGGGGGGCCUAGGCUUCAGCCUAGCUGGGGGCCGGGGCUCACUGCGUGGGGACCAGCCGCUCACUGUCCAGAGGGUCUUCCUGGGGGGCCCGGCGGCGCUGGUGCGGCCCGGGGACGAGCUGCUGCGGGCCGGCGGGAGCAGCCUGGCGGGGCGGUCGCGGCUCGAGGCCUGGCACGUUCUGCGCGCGCUGCCCGCCGGGCCCGUGCGGUUGCUGCUGCGGCGCCGGCAGGGCAAGGGUUAACUCCCGCUCAUUAAACUGCUGUG